AUGACUCCUUCAGUUCCAUCUAACUACGUCAGCAUCCUUCAUCUCCGGGAGCGUUGGACCAAAGAGAAAGAUCAGAAUCGAAAGGAAGAUGAGGAAGCGAGACGACGUAAUCAACACGCUGAAGAACAACAAACGAAAGAAGACGAUCUGACGGAUCUCGAUGAGAUUCGUUCGAAUCAAAGCGAUCAGAAGCAUUGGGGGAGUAAGAAAGACGAAUCUAUCGACGGCGGAGAAGCAAAGUUGGAAACGGCUGCGAUCGGGAGCGAGGGAGGUGAAGUUGAGGGAUUACCGGAGAAGAAGAGGGGACGUAGGAAACGAUAUGAUAGUAAGAAGAAGAAGAAGAGAGCAAAUCAAGAGGUGGAAGAGUGUGGAUCAAUCAAGCCACGUGAGAUGCACGUGAGUGUGAAAGAUCAGAUUCGAGUUUAUAAGAAGAAAGAAGAAAAGGCUAUGGGAAAGAAAAGUGUUGUAACGGCCAUAGAAACACAAUUUAAGGAGCUUUCUAUCAAAAGAGGCCAAGAAACCAAAAAACUCACGGCACGUGAUUUGCCUCUUGGACGGGUUAGAAUGCCGAUAGAGACUGCUACAAUGGUGUGGGUGAAGAAAGAGAGAGCUGGUGAUGGAAAUGGAAGUGGCGUGAUGAUGAACAAUGAUGUUACAAGUUUGAUGUUAUUUAGGGUUUGA